CCCAUUUCAAGUUCCAGCGCUGGAGAGAUCACAUACCCAACUUUAGGGAAGUGCGGCGAGUCCUAUGGAUCAAGAUUAAAAGGUUUGUAGGCUACUUUAUUUUAAUUAUUAGUCCGCAUGUGUAAAACCAUUGCACGGUUUACUGGUGGCACAUUUUCAGUGCACUGGCUAGUUAGUAAAGAUACCCAACCAGAAGGCGAACCUCAGCCUUCGCAAAACGAAACGACGACGACUCGCCGGAGUUUAACCAGCGCGUGACAUGUCACGUGACAGCGCGUGGCCGUCGACAUCUCAACAUGGCGGUGUGCGUGGCCGUUAUAGCCAAAGAGAAUUACCCUCUGUACAUCCGGAGUGUUCCAACGCAGAAUGAGCUCAAGUUCCACUAUACAGUGCACACUUCCCUGGAUGUAGUGGAAGAAAAGGUAUCUGCAGUGGGGAAAGCCUUGCCAGACCAGAGAGAGCUCUAUCUGGGUCUACUCUACCCAACAGAGGACUACAAAGUAUAUGGCUAUGUGACAAACUCUAAAGUAAAGUUUGUGAUUGUUGUAGACUCAUCUAACACGUCACUGAGAGACAAUGAGAUACGAAGUAUGUUCAGAAAAUUGCACAGUUCAUUUACAGAUGUAAUGUGUAAUCCCUUCUACAACCCUGGUGAUACAAUUCAGUCAAAGUCUUUUGACAGCAUUGUGUCAGCUAUGAUGGUUCAGUCUUCCUAAAACGCUUCCUUCCUGUUUUGUACAUACAGUAACAUUAUUUUUGCAUUUGUGUCCUGGUGUAUAUGUUUGUAUAUUGUCAAAUAAAUGUUUGCAGUUAACAGAAAA